UCACCAUUUCACCAUUACAAGUUUAAGUGCUCUCUCUACGUACCAAAUAAGUAAUCAGUCUAAAGAUGGAAGGCAAAAAUGUGAUUUUAAGUGUGCUCAUAAUGAGUCUUGUCAUGGCGCAGAAUCAAGUCGAAGGAAAGAGUUGUUGCCCGGGCACCACUGCCAGAAACGCAUAUAAUAUAUGCCGUCUUACUGGAUCCUCUAGGAAAACUUGUGCAAAAAUCAGUGGAUGCAAAAUCGUUUCUGGGACAACAUGUCCCCAGGGAUAUCUACAUGAAAUUAUCGAAAACUCUGGUGAUGCUGUCAAUGAAUACUGCAAGUUGGGGUGUGCAUCCUCUGUGUGUGGUGGCUUAACCACUCUCCAGGACUCCGAUGCAAGUGAAAUUGUGAAUGGAGCGGUUGCACAAUGCACCGACACAUGUGCUUAUUUCUGCACCAAGGGCUCAGCUAAAGCAGUUGAAACUGCCUAACAAGCAUAUCCACGAUCUAUGUGUUGUUGUUCUCCGUGUUUUUAAUAAUUGUAGUGUAUGUGACAAAAUGCUAGACUCUUAUACAAUUUCCUGGUAGUCUAUCUGACGUAGAAGGUCAUCAUCGAUCCCUAGAUUGUCUAUCCCUUCUACUUGCUAUAUCUAAAUAAAGAAUAAUGUUUCCUU